AUGGCUGCACCGUCGCUUGACGGCGAUCAUCCGAGCGGUAGAGCUUCCCGGCGGCAACAAGCUCCGUCGCUCGAUGUCACGGCCGCCCAGUCCUCAUCCCAGACUGCUCUUACGACGGAAGAAUCGGAGUCAGGAACGGUGCAAGAAUCUCGCUCGUCGUCAUCGACAAACUCUCCCGCUCCAAACGACAACGAGGAGUCGGACUUUUUCCUCGUCCCCAACGAUUCAGAGUCAUCUCUUGGUGUCUCCAACCUUCAGGAUAUGCACGUAGUCGAUGAUGGCGACGAAAAUGUGUGCAUCUCCCCCGUCAACCGGUUGCCAAACGAAAUUCUGAUUUCCAUUUUUGCAAAACUGGGGUCCUCUGCGGACCUGCUGCACUGCAUGCUUACCUGCAAGCGGUGGGCACGAAACUCGGUCGACCUACUUUGGCAUCGGCCAGCUUGCACCAACUGGGGACGUCAUAAGUCGAUCUGCCAAACCCUCGGGCUGCCCAACCAGUACUUUCACUACAAGGACUUCAUCAAGCGCCUAAACCUAGCGUCCAUCGCUGAUAAACUGACGGACGAUGCGGUUCGUGCCUUUGCGGCGCACUGUCUCAACAUCCUCGAGAUUGAUCUCCACCAAUGCAGGCUUAUUACGAACGACCCUGUCACAGAGCUCCUGGCACAAGGCCAAACCCUGCGUGAAUUACGCUUGGCCAACUGUGAGCUCAUAAGUGACAGUGCCUUUCUGAACCUGCCUCCGGAGCGGGUUUAUGAACACCUCCGAAUUCUCGAUCUGACAUCUUGCAUUCGACUGACGGAUCAGGCUGUGGACCGGAUCAUCACGGUGGCUCCGCGUUUGCGCAAUCUCGUCCUCGCAAAGUGCCGCAAUAUCAGUGAUAGUGCCGUCAACUCGAUUGCAAGAUUGGGAAAAAAUUUGCAUUAUGUUCACCUGGGACACUGCAGUCAAAUCACCGACGUGGCUGUGAAGAAGCUAGUGCAGUGCUGCAACCGUAUCCGGUACAUCGACCUCGGCUGCUGCGUACAUCUGACCGACGAUUCCGUAACUCGCCUUGCUACCUUGCCCAAACUGAAACGUAUCGGUUUAGUGAAGUGCAGCAACAUCACGGACGAGAGCGUCAAUGCGUUGGCAAGGGCGAACCAGCGGCAUCGGCAACGGCGUGACAUGGACGGGAACGUCAUCGAUAACCAGUACUACAGUCACAGCAGUUUGGAGCGCGUUCACCUGAGCUACUGUACCUCACUCACUAUUCGGGUAAGGUGA